UUUUCAGCUCAAAAAAUGGUGGUGAUCUACCUUAACUCCACAGGCAACACCUACUGGAUCCCAAUCUACUCACUAAACGACAAAAUUCGAGAACCCUAUAUAUUCUACGUAUUUGCAAUAUUUCAAACCUCUAUAUACAUUCUAACCGGAUACAUUUUAGUCAGAAUCUGCUGGAUUUUUCUAACAAUUAAAGUGUUCCACGAUAAUAUGAAUAUUAUGAUGUGCUGGUUUUUGUGCCAGUGGUUUCAAGCGUUUUUGGCGAAAAUCGUGUUAAUCCCCUAUCAAUUUGGGAUCAUUAAAAUAUCAAUGGAUAUUAAUAAAACCUAUUAUGAUUGGUGGAGUGAUACUGUUGAAAAAUCGGCAAUUCUUCGGGAGGACGUCAAUAUUUGGCCGAUUUACUUUGCAAGCUACUUUCUAUGGCAUUAUAUGUAUUCGAUACUUUUUGCCGUGUUGGCUGUCGGGUUGGAGAGGGUCUGUGCCACGUGGUAUAUACAAGAUUACGAACACGUGAGUCGACGUCAUAUCCCAAUUUUGUUAAUAGCUGCCACAAAUCUAAUCACCCUUCCGUACGCGUAUCAAACCACCAACAACCGGACACCACUUCUCCAAACAUGUCUGCAGAGCAUUUUCAUUGGCUCGGUUGCAGUUUUCGGGUAUAUAAUGCUGUGGAGGGUGAACCUGGCGUGGCGGAAUCGAAUUGUUAACCUGAAAUUCACGCAUAAUGAGAAGUAUUCGUUAGCGAGAAAAUUUCAGAUUGAAGAGAAUAUUAAGAGUUUGAUUUUAGCCCGGAAGCUUGUAGUUUCAGCUAGUGUAUUUAUCCUUGUUGUAACUAUUUUACUUGCAGUUUUAUUGUUUGAUCCGCAUGGAUACGAUGCAUUUUUUGUGCAUGCUUUGGAUAAUUCCAUGCUUUUACCAGCUCUUGUAAUGAGCCUAACUCUGCUCAGUUGCUCCCCAGCUUGGAAAGAGCGAUUUAUAAGCGGGCUCCCAAUUAUCAGGAGGCUCAAAAGCUCAUCUGUGGCUCACCAAAACUCAUAUUCUACAGCAUCAAGUGCUGGAAAAGAGACAGAAGCGUAUUUCGAGCAGCUGAGAAGUUCGUGGGCUUGAUCGGGAAAUUUUUU